UAUGUUUUUUUUGUUUUUAAGGCUAUGCAUUCUAGUUUUUUAUUAGACUAAGCCACAGAUUAAUAUGAUAAUUGAUAGACAUAACUUAAAUAGCUAAGUAUCCAGGGCCGAAAACAGAGUUUAUUAAAUUCGCUCGCCGGCUGAUUUUGAUUGUUUUGUAUAUAGUGAUCUGUGUUUUGUAUAUUUGACUUUUGAUGUUUUCAAAUUUCAAUUUAAUUUUCAAGUAGUUUUAAAUUUUGUUUUGUUGUGAUUAAAUUCGUGAUUUUGUAGGCAUUUAUAGGGGUUUAUGUAGUGAAUUAUUUAUUUGUGGUUAGGCAUUAACUUGCGAGCAUAAUGGAAGAAUGGGAGGCAGUAAUAAAAAGUUGUCAAAAUGCUACAGCAAGUGAUACGAAACUUUUCGCUCAAGUGUUAAAAAGCACGGAAAUUGUACUUGCAGAGGAUUUAGCGCCUUUCGAGACCGAAAGGGUAGUGUCAACUCUACUAAAUGAUCCCGUGCAGUUGUUGUGUGUAGUAGCCGCCAGACGUACAGACAACGACUGGGCCGCCACUGUGCGAGACUCACUGAAGCUGCUAGCUUCUACUGUCACCAAACACCGGCUCAGUGAGAAGUACUACGAUGAUAUUGUGGAGCUGUGCCUGCUGCACUACUCCCCGCUGGCGCAGCAAGCAGCGUUGGGCUGCCUGGCGGCGGUGGCGCGGCGCUCGGCGGCGGGCGCGCGCGGCCUGCGGCGGCACGUCGCCUCACUCGAGGAGACCGCCACGUGCAAGGCGCCAUUGGCUACUCUGAUAGGUAACGAGUAUGUAUACAGGGUGUCUGUGGCAGCUGCGCCUGCUGCACUACUGCCCGCUGGCGCAGCAAGCAGCGUUGGGCUGCCUGGCGGCGGUGGCGCGGCGCUCGGCGGCGGGCGCGCGCGGCCUGCGGCGGCACGUCGCCUCACUCGAGGAGACCGCCACGUGCAAGGCGCCAUUGGCUACUCUGAUAGGUAACGAGUAUGUAUACAGGGUGUC